UUAAAUGUAAUACGGCAUCAUAUGAAUUUCCAUGUAUUUCAGGUAAUGCGCCCGCUUAAACCAAUUGCAAGCAGUCUUUUUCUAAAAUUCUAAAUGUAUAUAAUGUCAUUUAUUUGUUUAUAUUGUUGCACUUAUUUAUUUAUUUUGCGAGGCAAUUCUGAAGAAUUCGCAUUUAGUCCAGGACAGAUAUAUAGCCCGCUAGUUCUUCAGGCGCUUAAUAGUCGGCGAGGGUGCGCAGACAUGUCGCGAGCUAGCAGCGUUAGCUAUGUGUAAAUUUCGUAACCAACUAAUCUAAAGUAAGAACACGGGCAAAAACGCUUCAAAUACUACAAAGUAAAACUGUAUUAAGUCUCCGCUAGCUAGCUAAUUGAUUGGAAUGUUCGCAUUGGUUCACCGGUCUGAUAACAAUCAAAUUAAUUCAUUUUAAAAUUCAAAAUAUUUCCUAAAUAAAACAUUUAAAUGAUAAUAUAAUGGGCGACUACUGUGAAACUACUUAAAAUGUAAUUGAGGUACGUCACAGUAGACCCCUUUAAUAAUUCUAUUGAUUACUAUGAUGUAUUUCAGUGGCUAUUGGUAUCUCGCUGUCCAGAUAGUCACAGUAGUUUGUUUACAACUUGCGUGCUUGCUAUAUAACUAGCGAGUAACAACCAAUGCAAAUGCAACGGCGAGCUAGCAAACGUUAGCUACAAAGACCCCUAAUACGUUAUCGGUUUGUGGGGGGUUGGGUGGGCAAAUGACCUACGGCUGCUUUCCUUCUAAAUCGGUUUAUAUUUUUACAAACCAAAAGAUUAAAUAAAUUAACAUACAGUGCUCGCCCACUGUGAUAGUAACCCUUUUGCUUACUGUAAACACAGGCUAGAUAACAAUUCUGCUUCACGGUGACACACUGCGCUCCAGUAUGCGCGGGGAGGAAUUAGCCAAAUGUCCCCAACGCUGGGCUUUACAACUGCUGUUUUUUAAGUGCUUUUAGACAGUCAUGUGAUUGUAACGUAACCCGACCGGAAAACACCGACGACCAUCGCCGCCAAUGCUGCGUUUUAGAGGAACAGAGCAGCUGCGAGCCCAACGGACAAGUCCCCGGUAACAAACAACACAACAAACUCCACAAAAUCGCGAGGAGCACGAAAGGCGGAAGAAUGGAGCUGUCCAACCAUGGCCUUAUCCUCCUGCAGCAGCUCAACGCUCAGAGGGAGUUCGGGUUCCUGUGCGAUUGCACGGUGGCCAUCGGGGACGUCUUCUUCAAGGCGCACAAGGCCGUCCUCGCCGCCUUCUCCAACUACUUCAGAAUGCUCUUCAUACACCAGGACAGCGACUGCGUGCGACUGAAACCGGGGGACAUCCAGCCGGACAUCUUCAGCUACCUCCUGAACCUGAUGUACACGGGCAAGCUGGCGCCCCAGCUCAUCGACCCGCUGCGCCUGGAGCAGGGCGUCAAGUUCCUGCACGCCUACCCCCUGCUGCAGGAGGCCAGCCUGGCCACCCAGGCCUCCUUCUCGCACCCGGAGCAGAGCCUCCCGCUGUCCACCUCCCUGUACGGCAUCCAGAUCGCCGACCAGCAGGGGGCGACCACCACCGCCACCGCCACCGCCACCACCACCACGGCGGCCAUUAGCCGGCUGUCGGGCCGCCGGCAGCCGUCCCCGUCCUUCGACCUGUCGGACGGCAAGUUCGGGGUCGGCUCCGGCGCCACCGGCGAGCCCAAACCGGCGCAGUCGCUCUUCGAGGCCGAGCCCUCCACCAGCGGCUUCCCGCUGGCCGGGGAGGAGCCCGGCCCCGGCCCCGGCCCGGACGCGCCCGGGGACGACCCGCCGGCCGCCACCACCAUCCUGCACGUCAAGCCCAGCAUCAUGAAGCGGAACUCGUCCUUCCGCAAGCACUACACCUGCCACAUGUGCGGCAGCCGCUUCGGCCAGCGCGGCGCGCUGCGCGAGCACCUGCUCCACCACGCCCAGGCCCUGCUGCCCGAGGCCAGCCUGGGCGUCACGCCCAUGGAGACGGGCCCCGCCCCCGAGACCUCGGUAACCGCGGCGACCAUGACGACCAUGACGACGGAGGAGCAGCCCCCCUCGCACGUGGGCGUGGUCGACCCGGCCAGCGACAGCGAGCAGCAGGCCGCCACCGACUCGCCGCGGGCGGACGGGCCGCAGUCCCAGGCGGAGACGCCGCCGCCCUCCGACAUCGCCGACAUCGACAACCUGGAGACGGCCGACCUGGAGCGCGAGGUGAAGCGGCGCAAGUACGAGUGCUCCACCUGCGGCCGCAAGUUCAUCCAGAAGAGCCACUGGCGCGAGCACAUGUACAUCCACACGGGCAAGCCCUUCAAGUGCAGCGCCUGCGGCAAGAGCUUCUGCCGCGCCAACCAGGCCGCCCGCCACGUCUGCCUCAACCAGAGCGCCGAGUCCUACACCAUGGUGGACAAGCAGAGCAUGGAGCUGUGCUCCAGCGAGGACAGCUCGCAGAUGGAGGCGCUCUUCCUGGCCUCCGGCCGGCCGUACAAGUGCAACGUGUGCGAGAUGACCUUCUCCAGCCCCAACGAGGUCAUCAAGCACCUGUGCUUCGCCCAGGCCGCCGCCCUGCAGGGCGACGAGCUGCCCAAGGACGAGGGGUCCAGGGACUCCUCCAGCGCCGGGCCCCUGCUCACGUCCAUUAAGACUGAGGAGAUCCUAGUCGAAUAGCAGCCGCCAACUCGUGUACUUUUUAGGUUUUUUUUUUUUGUUUUUGUUCUUUUGUACUUUUUAAAUUAUGGUCAGUAGAUAUUCUAAGGAUUUAGUGAAAAUUUUUCGUAUUGAAAAGAAAAAAAAAAAAAAAAAAAACAACUUUUUUUUUUUCUGGUUUUUCUGUCUUCACAGUUUAAUUUGCCCUCAGGAACUGGAAUAGGGAUUUUAGCGCAAGGCUCACGUGAAUUGAACUCUUCCUCCUCGUCGGACAAAAAAACAUCCCUCGUCAAACGUUUUUGACCGGUCAGAUAUCAGUGUGUGUGUGUGUGUCUGUGUGUGAACCAGCGUUAACGUACAUGUUACUGCAUAUCUCGUGACCUCCCAACCUUUUUGGCUGACUGGUGCGUGGCCUGGGUGACCAGUUACCGGUGCAAUGCUGAGUGUUGUGUAGGGAGAGUGUGUUUGACUCCUCAUAGCGUAUUCCAUGGCUGAGUGUGUAAAUGAGUACAUGGAGUAAGUCAUCGCCCUGCAUUAUGUGGAACUGCUCUGGCUGUCGGUCUGUAGGCUGACGUGUGGCCUGUGUGGCCUAUAUGUGGACUUGUUUACUUUCAGUAUCAGGGUUUACACACACACACACACACACACACACACACGAGCGCACACACAUGCGCAAACACACAAGCACACACACAAACACAUGCACACACACGUACGCACACACACAGACAGAAACACACAUGCACGCACUCACACAAACAAACUCAUGCACACGUGCACACACAUACACACAUACAUGUAAACAUGCACACAUACACACACACACACAGACAGACACACACAUACGUUCUCUCACCUUUUGUUAAAUAGCACGUGUAGAAGUUUUCAUUCACUUGCGUCUAAGAAGCCAGGUUGUUACUUCUGUCGUCGGUGCGGUUUACUGUCCGGUGGAGACCGAGCGUACUUACUGUCAGUGUGUCCGGUCGUACGAGUCUUAAUACGUUUCAUUCAUACCGUGAGUUCGGCGCAGAUUUCAGGGAAAGAAAAUGAAGUUCACUUGAAAAUCCUAUGUGUCAGUUCAGCGUUUGCGGGGAACUUGAGACCCCGAAGCUGAGUUAUUGUACGCUUCUCUGGCACUGUGAAAUUCCCGGGUUCGGAUGCGCACGACCUGCUUAAACAAGGACUUUUGGAGAAUACGACGAAACGCGCCCUCCAAAACGAAGCCAACGGAAGCCUCUCACUCAACUUCCCUCACCCUCCAGUUCGAUGUCUUUUAUCGGAUGACGGAUGAACCGUGACAAAAACCAACAGCAAAUAGCUCAAAAUGUUCUGAUUGCACUGCAUCAAUACGGGGGGAUCUCAUCCCACCAUUUUCUAAAUCCAGAAGAUUACUUCCUUACGGUUUCAGUAAAUGCUAGAUAUUUUUGCUUAUUUUUUUAUUUUUUGUUUAACUCGGUGGCAUUGCAAGGUUUUGCAGGCGUAAUAAGACGCCGUGCUGUCAAGCGGUCGGUUGGUUGGUUUUACUUCCCUCUGCAGCCCAACGGCGAGUUGUGGCGCCGCCCGCCCUGUGGGGGGGGGGGGCAGAACAGGAAGCGAAGCCAGGGCCGUGAACGAAGGGCGUCCGGUCUUGUUGCGCUCGUUACCGCGGUUACCGUCAUGCCCACGCUUGCUUGGGGCUUGGGCCGAAAAUGAGCUCCCGACGUUUGCGCUGGCUGGGAGGCGAGCUGAGGUUCGGUUUUAAAUCCGGCCCCGCAGUCUAAAUUCCCCCCGCCGCUCUUUUUAUUACGAACCCCCACACCUUCCCUUGCCCCCAUCUUAAGUUGUCACCAAAUACUUUUAUUGUUUCCGUAAAUAAAAUGGAAAAAAAAAAAGUCCAUUCACUUUGCCCUUGUCCGAACAGGCUUUGCCUGGCCAAACUAACGGAGACCUGCCUAACCAGAGCAACCCGAUUUGAAUCGCCAUGGUGACAAGAGUUUGCGUCCGACUUCCAGUUAGCCUAUCGCGUUCAUCUUAGUCCGCCUGUGCUCGGUGGUGGCAGAAUGUCUGCCAAGCUCAGUUCGUAUUGAGUGCUGUAUAAAUUCUGUGACUGCCUGCAUCACUUCAGGUCGUAAGAGAGGGGGUAUCGUACAUUUGAAAACCGCUGAUAUGAGCAUCAUUUGGCAAUACGUAGCAGAACUGUGGCUUGUGCCUUAUACUGUGUUAUGAUAUGAAAUGGCUGUGGCUGAGGGGAUAGUGUCGGGUCAACAAUGUAGCUUGCAGUUAAGGAAACAUAAAACGGGAAUUGGAAAGUGCCUAAAUUUGUGUUUUUCAGUGUUCGGUGGUCAAAAAUGUCAACUUAUGGGGAAAACUCAGCCCCAUGACUGAACUUUAUCUGAGCUUGAAUUACUCUGCGCAUAGCAGUUCAUUUCUGGCUGAAGGAUCUUUUUAUUGUAAAGGGAUCAUUCUCUUCCUGGGGAUUUUUGAUGGUAUUACUGUUUUCAUUAUAUGUGUUUGAUUGGCCCAAGACAGUGUUUAUGUUCAGUGAAGUACAUUUUGGAUACUUGCAGAAGUUUCUGGCAACCCAGUCGCCUUCGCAGUGUCUGGUGUAGGGGCAUUGGUGAUCUUAAGCAAGAAAAUACACUUCAGGUGACUCCAAAAUAAGCAUGUAUUGCAAUUUUCUGUUUCCCAGACGCUGUACAUCUGAACCGAAUAGAUUAGGUCAGUUGUCUCCAACCCUGGUCCUGGAGAGCUACAGGGUCUGCUGGUUUUUGUUUUCACCUUAAAAUCAGCACCCAGUUGAGACCCAAGACACCAGGUGGAGUUGAGUUAACUGUGUAAUCAACUGCUCCAAUUGAUUCAUGAAGUGCAGAGUCACUAUGAAGACCAGCAGACCCUGUAGCUCUCCAGGACCAGGGUUGGAGACCACUGGAUUAGAUUAAUUUUCAUGGCGUUUACCGUAUUCACAACAAUAAGCAUUUUUAAAAAAUUUGUUUUUAUAUUCUGUCGGUCACUUCCUUCCUUCUCGCCUCUCCAAACGGUGCGCGUUCUUCGCCAGCGACCCGCAUAGCGAUGUUGACAUUGGAAGCCACGCCGCGGCUUUUCUUGAGCGUCGCACUCUCAGGUUACACGCACCGUAGCAAACGGGCACAACCGAAAAAAUAAGAUUAAAUGUCGUUUCUGGAAGAAUAAUCAGAUAAAAGUGCACACGUGCCUCGUAAUGUCAUACUACUGCAGCGCAAGACGGAUUUGAAGUGUUGUCUUCCUGCUUCAGACCAUGUGUCUGUGAAUAGCCCCAGUACCAGCUCAUUGUAAAUGCUAGUCUAAAAGGUAUGUAGCCCAGGGACUACUGAUUAAAACUAGCCUCCUUGGCUACCUGUGGCACAUUUGCAGAGAUGUUAUUUAUGUGCAUUGUCCCUGUCAAUAUAAAAUAAUAAAUUUAAUGUCGGAAGCUUCUGUGAAUGCACCAAAAUUGAAAUGAUACGCCAAACAAACAAAAAAAAAACCCCAGAAAGUGAGUUAUCCCUUUAACUUUAGGUUUAAACCGCCAGUCAGUUGGUCCAAAAAACACAGUCCUUUGACAAAAUUAAUUAAAACCCUGAAAUCUGAAACAAAAUAACUGCAUUUGGUUGACUUGGUAGCAGAAAUUUGAACUCUUUGGGGGAAUAAGUGGUUUACAUGGUUGUUGUGCUUACUCGACAAGUAAAAGUGACCUGUGCUACUCUGUUGUAUUGCACCUCUUCCUGAUUAUCACCAGAGGGUCAUGGGAAGUGUAGUCCUGGGGUUUCAGAGUGGUCACGCUCUGUCCAUCUGCUGGUUACUUCAUGGCAGCCAUUCUGUGCGUAUGCCUCAGUGCAGCACAGGGAAGUUUGCGAACAUACAGGUUUUUUAUAGUGCCACUUCCCAGAACGUUUAUAUACUGCUGUUGUUCAUGCAUGUAAGAAUGCAUUCUGGUAUUUUCUGAUGUUUUUUUAAAAUAUAUAUAUGUAUAUGGCAAAGGACACAAAGCUGUCAGUACUGUAACAAAAUGUACUUCUGCCAAUUCAUUGAUCAUUUGCUUGAAGGUGUUCUUAAAGCCCUUAUUUUUGUGUUUAAUAUACCCUUCUAAUUUUAUAUACAAUGCUAUAUUUACGAAAAAAUAUUUUAUAUUGCACAGGUUGUACAUUGCUAAAUUGCUUUUAUGUAGAAAACAUUUGAGUCUUCGUUAGACUAGGUGUAUGUAUAUUUGUUUUUUGUUUUUUUUAACUCAAGGCCUUUGUGUUAAUGAACAAAUAUUAGUGUACUUUUUUAUUGACCAUAGUUUUUUGUAGCCUAUUGAUGUAUUAUGUACAGAUUUCUGUCGGUGAAACAAGUUUUCACUGUUUCGGCGCUGUUGGUCUGGUCAUGUGAGCAAGAUAGUUACAGUCUUUAUGUACAUCGUUUAAAAAAACAACAAAAAUUGAACAACUGCUGAAGGUUCUCAUUGGUCAGGUGUACAUGUACGGUUUAGGUAUUUGCUGAACGUUUUUUUUUAUUUUAUUUUUUUAUUUUAAAGUAGAUGGUAAACAAAUAAGAGGUCCUCCUGUUUGUAAAAAUAAUUGGGUAGACCUGACAGGUAUAGCAUGAUGGUUUUGUGUAGAAUACUAUCGAUGAAUAACAUGGACUUUGUCACUGUCUCAGUCACGGUGUCUGAGACGGGUUUUAUUGAAGGAAGACUAUUUCAGGCGUGGUGCUCAUCGGAAAUCGGUGCCUGAACGCAUUCCCGAAAUGUGAUCGCUGAAUCAGAGGGUCUAAUGAGGACUGUCCGAACUCGGCAUUACAUUGAAGGACACCUAUUUAUUUAAGAAAAUGUUAAGCUGUUUUUUUUUUUUUCAAAGCAUCGCAAAAUGACUACUACUGAAGUGUGCUUUCAAGAGUGUAGAAUCAAAAUUUCCGACACGUUUAAAUCUGAAUUUGAGCAGUCCACAGACCCGUGUCUUAUUUACAGUAUCGGCGGCGUAGGUAAAGAAGAAACGCGUGAAUUUGCUCUGCGGCUGUCUUAAAUGUCGUUUUAACAACGUAUUUUAUGCAAGCAGUUUUGUCAUUUCUGUUUUGAGGUCUUUUACACACAGGUUACCGAGGGCAACGGAAUCGGCCCCCCUGCGCACAAUCCCAAAGCAACCGUGAAAACGUCUACUGUGUUCUACUCUGUGUUCUCAGGAAUGUAUGCAGUCUCUUAAUUGUCUCCUUCAUUUUGAUGGUGAAGAAUGGAAGAAUAAAAAUUGUUUUGCAGAA